GGCUAUCGAAAUAUCUAGAAAGACCCAUCCUGGUGCUGUAGUACACUUGAGUGAUAAUCCUUUAGAUUUGAGCAAGAUGCUGAUAGGAUAUGAAUCGGGGCAAAUAGUGUUUUGGGACUUAAAGACAAAAAAUGCGGAUUACAGAUGCCAAAGUGAUGUACCAUUGAGAUCGAUAUCUUGGCAUCACGAGGGUAAACAAUUUAUGUGUAGUCACACUGAUGGCUCCCUGACAACAUGGACGGUGCGUCAAUUAAGACCAACGAAUAUAACGCAUCCACACGCAAAAACUACUAAAGAUGGUGAGCCAGAACCCUGUAAACCAAUACAAAAGGUUGAGUGGAAACUUUCAAGAUCAGGGGAAGCGUACGUCAUAUUUUCCGGUGGUUUGGCGUUCGACACAACUGGCCGAACUCCAAGCAUAACGGUGAUACACGGGAAAACCACCACUGUACUAGAAAUGGAACAUAAUGUGAUAGACUUCAUAACGCUGUGCGAAAAUCCAUGGACCAGUGAUUAUCAAGAUCCAUAUGCUGUUGUGGUUCUACUACAAAACGACUUGGUUGUGAUAGAUUUAUUAACUGCUGGAUUUCCAUGUUUCGAAAAUCCUUAUCCAAUGGAUAUACACGAAUCACCUGUGACUUGCUGUGCAUAUUUUGCAGACUGUCCUUCGGAUUUAGUACCAGCUUUUUAUUCAGUUGGGUCAAAGUCUCAAAAAAAGACAGGGUUCAGUGAAAAGGACUGGCCCAUAUCUGGUGGUGAAUGGAGCUCAAGCUCAAGCGGUUACAAUGAAAUUAUAUUAACCGGGCACGCUGAUGGCAGUAUAAAAUUUUGGGAUGCAUCGGCAGGCACAUUACAAGUUCUUUAUAAAUUGAAGACAGCGAAACUUUUUGAAAAAGGUAGAACGCGUAGUAUAGACUCGGAAGAAGACCCUUUAGCGAUACAACUCAUCUUCCUCUGUCCCGAAAGUCGGAAAUUAGCUAUUGCGGGAAGUGGAAGACACGUUGUUUUAUUUAAAUUCAAAAAAGUUGAGAGUAUGUCUGAAGUAGUGACUUUAGAGAUAUCACUGACAGCUGAUCCAGCCAAGGAAAUCGAAAGUUCAUCCGACCAUGAUUCUCCAGCUGGUAAUACUUCAGGAAGUAGCGAGUCGAAAAAUAAUGAGUCGAACCAACCGCUUAAAGUUAAGACUGGUUUACAGAAGAGGGCUGCAGGCUUCCAGGCAACCUUGAUAUGUUUAACGAUUGCCAACAGUGGAGAACAGGCUGAAAAUAUAACAGCUCUCAGUUUGAACUCUUCCUAUGGUUUGAUGGCAUAUGGGAACGAGUCUGGUUUAGUGAUAAUAGACAUUGUGCAGAAGAUUUCUUUGAUUGUGUUGAGUACCGGGGACAUCGGUGGUAACUCGGACCCCUGUCAACGAGUGUUACGCAGUCCUAAACGCCAGGAUGAAUUGAAACGAGAAAACGAAGACAAAGCGAGGAGUCCAAGCACAGAUCAGACUCGUGGAGACUCUACCGUGGAAUCUGAAGGCUUAUUAGCAAUGGUAGCUGACAAUGCUCAACAUUCUCAACAAUGCGGUGAAUUACAAACUGGAAGCAAUAAUGAUAAGGGAACCGUGGAGGAAUCUGUAAAUGAAAUCAAUAAACCUGGAUGUACAGUGAACGAAGAAGACUGUACUAAGAAUCACGGUUGGAAGGGAUUCAGUCUGAAGAGGCAACUUAGCAAGGUUGAUCUGAAAAUAAAAAGUACUUUCACGCCGACUUUGGUGACGUCUCAGAAUGGGGUAGGCACUGAUAGUAGCAGUCAGAAAUCUUCGGUUUUUUACUGUAACGUGAACGAAACCGCGAGUUCGUUGUCUCCAGUUGAAAGUAACGUGUCAGAGGCUUCGCUAUCGUCAGAAGAGUCAACACCUGGACACGAGAGUCCGCUAAACGAUGAUAAAAAGAGGAGCAUUCAAGAAGCGAAAAGUCCGGUGACAGAUGGAGAUAACAGCAAGUCGAUCGCACGGUUUCCGAUCGAGAACUCCGUCGGCAAAUCAGAUGCCGUUCGGCCGGUUAACUUGACGUUAGCCGAGAACGAAAUGAAACCGCCGAGACUGAAGAAAAUCGUGAAAAUGAAACAAGCGAAGAGGGAAGGUCGUUUAUUGUCUGUGCCGAAUUUAAAAUUUGCGAAAAACGACGCAACGAUUUGUGACCUAAGGUGCGAGGAAACAAACACGGCCUCCGAAUCUUUCACCUGCAAUCUAAUAAGAAGAUUCAACAAAUAUGACAGUUCGUUUCAACGAUCAAGAAGCUCGAGCAUGUCAUCGCUCGAGAAUAUCACCACAGAAACCAUCAGCUGCCUUACGUUCGCAGAUUCCUAUACGAAAAAGAGCGAUACCAGUCCUGUACCAACACUUUGGAUCGGUACAUCUUUAGGAUCUAUACAAACGGUGAUAUUUAAUACACCUGCUCGUGGAGAACGACACGCUCAUCUAGUCGUUGUUUCUACGUGCAAUGGAUCUACGUUUAAGUUAAAGGGAUGUAUUCUGUCAAUGUCCUUCUUAGACUGUAAUGGCGCUCUGAUCCCGUAUUCUUACGAGUCCUGGAAAGAUGACAGUAUGGAUAGCAAAGAGCGAAAUAGAAGUCAAGGAAAAUGUACAAAUAGCCGGAUGUCGCCAUCUAUGAACGCGCAAGUAGCUACCGGAGACGGCUUCGAAGAUCGUCAAUUUGUCGUAUUAGCAUCAGAGAAACAAGCGAGGGUUGUAGCGUUACCGUCGCAAAAUUGCCUGUACAGGCAACAAUUGGCUGAAACUCAUAUUGUGAUUAAAGCAGAGAUUACAUCUUUAAAAGAUAAUGUAUGUCUUGUAUGCUACGUUUCAAAUGGGCACAUAGCAACGUAUAGUUUACCAAGUCUGAGGCCGCUUAUAGACGUCGAUUUUCUACCGCUUAUAGAUUUGAGUUUUCAGACUACAAAACAUGGCAUUGUAGACCCCAUGUUGUCCAUAUGGGGUCAUCAACUCUUUGUUAAUGGCGAUACCGAUCAAAUUGCAAAGACACUUUGCUUCAGCAAUAGGGGCCAUGGCUUGUACCUCUCAUCGCCUACUGAGAUCCAAAAGUUCUCUGUAUCCAGUCAAUUUUGUGGCGAAUUAACCGAAAUGAUGGGAGACUUAUUCAUCGGCCACGACAUGCCCGAGCCUCCUAAAGAAAGUUUCUUUAAAGGUCUCUUUGGCGGAGGAUCACGAAGCCUUGACAGAGAAGAGUUAUUCGGCGAAUCUAGCGGUCGAGCUUCUCGCACGGUGGCGAAACACAUACCAGGACCGAAUGCCGGAGCGGAAGGUCUUCGCGAACGCGUGACAAGCGCGACAGGAGAAGUAAAUUUGGCUCAUCAGAUGGUGCUCGAGCGCGGUGAAAAACUAUCUCAACUGGAAGUUUUUAUGACGGAAGCCGAGAGUUUCUCGCAAUCUGCUCACGGAUUGAUGCUCAAGUACAAAGACAAGAAAUGGUAUCAGCUAUGAGAACAUCGUUCGACUUCUAUCCGAAUUUGGAAUGGCGUACGAUUAUAUUGUAAUUUAGCGUUCACAUUUCACCUAUGAGUUCUGUCGUACCAACCAGGAGGACGAAACUAAAACUCGACAAUUGGGUAAUUGCGAACUUUACACGCACACACAGGAAACAUGUUACAUGAUAAAGAGUGAGAGCUGUAUGCAAAUGCGUAUGCAUGUGUAGUUGACACGAGCGUGCUCGAGUGCAUGAAUGCGUGAGUGUGUGCGUGUGUGUUUCAAAAGACGAGGCGCAAAAGUACAGCGAGAAAGAAUGAGAGAAAGUGGAACAAGAGCAAAGGAAACAUAUAUGAGAUACUUUUACAUGCAGGUAAUACACACGCACAUCUUUCAGCAAAGAAUAUAAAAAAAAAAACUCGUAUAUACACGUAUAAACACAACUAAGAUUAAAUAUAUAUGCGCGAUUUCUCAAAAUGUGUAAUAACCUCUAUAUACAUAUAUACACAUUAACGUAUAAAGCGAACAGAUGAAUGGUAUGCACGUAACAUGUGAACCAAAUAGAUGAAAUCGGAGAAAGAGGGGAUGGUUGCUAUUAAAAUUAAAUAAAUUAUUAGUGCAUAUAGGUUAUAUAAGUUAUAAAAGAAUAA